UUUUUUUUUAGAAGUCAUGUUCUGUUAAGAGUUUUCGCAUUUUGUAACAGUAAUCUGUAUAAACCAGUCUUAUUGCUACCGUAGCCACAUAAUGAGUGCCGCUCCAAAGAUCAACAAAGAUUUGAAAGAGGAACGUGAGAAGGUUACGUUUGAAAUCGAAGAAUUUACCAAAUGGUAUCAUGGAGGGGUAAAGGAGCUUCAAGAAAAGCGAUUUCUUGAGAACUAUUUCCUAUCCGAUCCCGAUUUAAUUCAAGGUGAUGUCGAUCCUAGUUAUUUGAGCCACAAAGAAAAGUACGAAGAAGCCAUUCGAAGGGUGGUGGUGAUUCUGAGGAGAAUCGAAAAGCUCAAGUCCGAAGGUCACAAUAUCGACAACAUUCAUAAUAAAAUUUUUGGAUCAAUGAUAAUAUCGAAUGUCUUCAAAGAAGGGAGCCCGUUAGUUACUCACAUCGGUAUGUUUGGACAGGCAUUGGCGUCACUCGGAACACCGGAGCAGCAUUCAGAAUGGCUUGAACGGGCGCUGAACUGUAGGAUUUGGGGUUCGUAUGUACAGACCGAGCUCGGUCAUGGGACUUUCGUUCGUGGCUUGGAAACGACAGCAACCUAUGACCCGACAACAAAGGAAUUCGUUAUCAACUCACCAACUACAAGUUCGUACAAGUGGUGGCCGGGCGGUUUAGGCCACACUGUAAAUCAUGUAGUAGUUUUUGCACAGCUAUACUCGCUCGGAAAACAUCACGGCAUCCAGCCAUUCAUUGUACAAGUUAGAGAAUUUGAAACGCACAAGCCAAUGAAGGGCAUAAUAAUUGGAGAGAUCGGCAACAAAGUCGGAUUCAAUUCGGUUAAUAACGGUUUCCUGGCUUUCCAGAGUGUUCGAAUUCCGCUUAAGAAUAUGUUAAUGCGAAAUGCUAGGGUGUCGGAGAACGGAGAGUUCGUCAAAAGUUCGCAGAGUGCCGUCCUAAAUUACGGCGUAAUGACACUGGUACGCGUUGACAUUGUUAAGGGCAUGGGGGAUCAAUUGUCCAAAGCCGUGACCAUAGCAAUGAGAUACUCAACAGUACGUCGUCAAAGUCCGAUUGAUCCGAGCUUACCGGAACCGAAAAUCAUCGAACAUGUGACGCAACAAAUGAAAUUAUUUCCGGCCAUAGUGAAGGUCGUUGCUAUUAAAUGUGCUGCUAAUAGUCUGAUUCAAUUGUUUUCGGAUGUGACGGCAGAGGUUGAAAGAGGCGAUCUAACUCGAUUGCCGGAGCUACAUUCACUUUCCUGCUGCUUGAAAGUUUUGACUACAGAUGAAGUAGCACAGUCAGUCCAAAUUUGUCGCCUCGCUUGCGGAGGUCAUGGUUUUUUGAAUUCAUCAGGUUUUAAUGAUAUUUACGGGCAUGUGGCUGCCGCUCAGCAUUAUGAAGGAGAAAAUACGGUUCUAUUGUUGCAAACUGCAAGAUACUUGACCAAAGCAUGGUCUCUGACUUUACAGGGUCAAAAGUUGGUGCCGUCCGUGGAAUACUUGGCGAAUUACGUAAAUACGAGUGGGCGCUUAGAGAAAUGGGAAGGAUCGCCCAGUGGAAUUCUUAAGGCAUUCCAAGCCGCUACAGCAGGCCAGCUUUCUUUAGCGUACAAACAUCUGGAGCAACGGAAGAAAACUCUUUCGCCAGAACUAGCAACAAGUCAGACUGCCAUCGAAUUGGCGAAAGUCUCUCAAUUACAUUGCCAAGUUUUCUUAUUGCAAUCGAUUAUUUUGUCAGUGAGGAAGAUGACGAGAUAUAUAUCAAAGCCUUUAGCCGCAGUUUUCCAAGACAUUCUGGAACUUUAUGCCUAUGAUCUUGCACUACGAUAUCUAGGAAGUUUAUUGCAGUUUGUCAGCAUUUCCUCGACCGAAAUGGAGAAGUUGCAGCUGGACUUCGAGGUUUCUUUGAAGAAAUUUAGAAACAAUGCAAUCGGUAUUGUCGAUGGCUUCGACAUUCCUGAUUCCAUUUUGGGAUCAACACUUGGCGCGUACGAUGGAAACGUCUACGAACGAAUGCUAAAUGCAGCUAAAAAGUCGCCAUUGAAUCAGGAAGAUGUGAACAAAUCGUUCCACUUGUAUUUGAAGCCUUUUAUCAAAUCGAAUUUGUAAAAAGUGUAAAUUGGGCUUAUGGAGAUUUUGAUCGAUUUGGCAUAAUGGCAGCGGAUGUAAAUUUUUAAGUUCGAAAUAUCUUUAGACAGGGUGAAUGGAGGACAGAUAUGUGAGAUGAAUAAAUGUUGGUGCAAAUUAA